CCGCCUUUCUCGCCUGCUCUGCCAGGAGGCGGGCGCGCUCUCGGGGGUCCCUCCAAGAUGGCGGCACAGAGGAGGAGCCUGCUGCAGAGUGAGCAGCAGCCAAGCUGGACGGACGACCUGCCGCUCUGCCACCUCUCUGGAGUUGGCUCAGCCUCCAACCGCAGCUACUCUGCCGAUGGCAAGGGCACUGAGAGCCACCCACCAGAGGACAGCUGGCUCAAGUUCAGGAGUGAGAACAACUGCUUCCUGUACGGGGUCUUCAACGGCUACGAUGGCAACCGGGUAACCAACUUCGUGGCCCAGCGGCUGUCUGCGGAGCUCCUGCUGGGCCAGCUCAGCGCCGAGCACACUGAGGCCGACGUGCGGCGGGUCCUGCUGCAGGCCUUUGAUGUGGUGGAGAGGAGCUUCCUAGAGUCCAUCGAUGACGCAUUGGCAGAGAAGGCGAGCCUCCAGUCCCAGCUGCCUGAGGGCACCCCUCAGCACCAGCUGCCUCCUCAGUAUCAGAAGAUCCUCGAAAGACUCAGGACGUUGGAGAAGGAGAUUUCGGGAGGAGCCAUGGCCGUGGUGGCAGUCCUCCUCAACAACAGGCUCUAUGUCGCCAAUGUCGGCACAAACCGUGCGCUUUUAUGCAAAUCCACGGUGGAUGGUCUUCAGGUGACACAGUUGAACGUAGACCACACCACGGAGAAUGAGGAUGAGCUCUUCCGGCUCUCACAGCUGGGUUUGGAUGCAGGAAAGAUCAAGCAAGUGGGGGUCAUCUGUGGGCAGGAGAGCACCAGGCGCAUUGGGGACUACAAGGUCAAAUACGGCUACACUGACAUCGACCUACUCAGCGCUGCCAAGUCCAAGCCCAUCAUCGCAGAGCCUGAAAUCCACGGUGCACAGCCCCUGGAUGGGGUGACUGGCUUCCUGGUGCUGAUGUCCGAGGGGCUGUACAAGGCCCUGGAGGCAGCCCACGGGCCUGGGCAGGCCAACCAGGAGAUCGCCGCCAUGAUCGACACGGAGUUCGCCAAGCAGACUUCCCUGGAUGCAGUGGCCCAGGCCGUGGUGGACCGGGUGAAACGCAUCCACAGUGACACCUUCGCCAGUGGCGGGGAGCGUGCCAAGUUCUGCCCAAGGCACGAGGACAUGACCCUGCUGGUGCGGAACUUUGGCUACCCCCUGGGAGAAAUGAGCCAGGCGGCACCCACCGCCCCCCCAGCUGCAGGAGGACGCGUGUACCCCGUAUCCGUGCCUUACUCAAGCGCCCAGAGCACCAGCAAAACCAGCGUGACCCUGUCCCUCGUCAUGCCCUCCCAGGGCCAGCUAGUCAACGGGGCCCACAGCGCCUCCACCCUGGACGAAGCCACUCCCACCCUCACCAACCAGAGCCCGACCCUGACCCUGCAGUCCACCAACACGCACACCCAGAGCAGCAGCUCCAGCUCUGACGGGGGCCUUUUCCGCUCCCGGCCCGCCCACUCGCUCCCGCCCGGCGAGGAUGGCCGUGUCGAGCCUUACGUGGACUUUGCGGAGUUCUACCGCCUCUGGAGCGUGGACCAUGGCGAGCAGAGUGUGGUGAUGGCGCCGUAG